AUGAGUUACCCUCCUCGCACCCAGCCCCACCAUGUCAACGUUCAUGUUCCCCGCGCCCGCUCAAAAAAGGGCCAACCUCUCGACCCAGACGAUCUCUCCCGCCGUCUCAAAGCCCAUCUCGCGCAGCAAAAAGCUCUCGCCGAACACCGUCGCGAAGCCCGAGCAUCAGAGACUACAGGAGUAUACCACCACAUCCCGCAAGUCGCCGCCCUCUCCUUUGAGAAUACCGCUACACCCGAUAAACUACGUCAGGUGCAUAAAUUAUCCGAGCCGGCGCUCAAGAAUCUCAGGUAUUUAACGAUUGAUGAAGGGGUGGGAGGAAUCGGAUACGAAUAUCAGAAACCCAGGACGAUAUUGCAGAAAUCGCAAUUUCUGGAUCAUGAGACUGCGGAGAGGACGAUGGUAAGGAAUAGGAACCAAUAUCAAUGGACGGCGGCGCUUGAGCGUGCGGCCGAAUUGGAUGCCGAGAGGGAUGUUUAUAAAUGUCCUCGACGGACGUUUAAUUCCGAUGCACCGGCUGUGCAUAAGAAUAGAGCUGUGCAGAGACCGAUGAGUAUGGGGGGUUUCUUACCCUGGGGGAAAAAGGAGGAGCCGAAGGAGCCGAAGAGGGAGAGGAACGAUCGGCAUGAUUGGACACAGCGGGAUGAGUAUGCGAAAAGAUCGCUGAAGGAGAGAGUGGGUCCAUUGUUGUCGUUGAAACUUAGAAAGGGGAAGGUGCAUGAUGGGUCUGGAGAAGAUAAGUCAAGGUCGCCUGUGAAGUCACUUGUGAGUCCAUCAAUAAGGGCGAGCUUUUUCUGGAGGUUCAAAAUUAGUCCUAGCAAUUGA